AUGCAUAUCGCAUCUUUCCGUCAGCUCGCCACCGUUGGCAUGGCCGUCUUUGCCAUAGCCGCAGUGGCUGCACCUGUUGCUGAGGCCGCAGCUGAUACAACCGAGCUCACCGAGCGUGCCCCUGAGGCGGCUCCCAAUGUCGUUUCGGCCCUGGACAACGCUGUCGUCGCUCGCGAUGAGCCAGGCCAUGAGGGUGGCUUGGAAGCACGCGAUAGAAAGGAUCGCGACAGAUACCGAGACAGGUGCAGACGCGGUAGGGGUAGAGACAGAGACUGCUACGGGUACUACGAUGACGAUGACUACUACUACGGACACGGUGGAAGACGUGGUCGUGGUGGACGAAGGGGAGGAUACGAUGACGACAGAAAGAACAUCCAAGCUGAGCAGCCGCCUAAGGAGGGAGAUCAGCCGAAGCCGCCCGGAGACCAGCCGAAGGGCGGGCCCGGCGGUGAUCCUCCAAAGGGCGGGCCAGGUGGUGAUCCGCCAAAGGCCAGGGACCUUGGCAAACGCGGAGACGAUGGCGGUUACGGCCAUGGAGGAUACGGCGGAUAUGGAGGAGGAGGAUACGACGGGUACGGCGGUCGGGGAGGUGGUUACGGACACGGCGGCGGCUACGGCGGCGGAUAUGGUGGUCGGGGAGGAGGCGGAUACGGGCCUUACAAGAAGGGCCCAAGGAGGGGUCCCUGGCGACGAGACCUCGACACUCGCGACUUCUUCGAUGACCAGUGGGACGACUGA